AUGGGUGCCUUAGCAGACGGAGCAAUCGUGUCGCACAAACAAAUUUGCUAUUCAGACAAAUACGACGGCGAGGCGUUUGAGUAUCAGCAUGUCAUGCUGCCCAAGGACACAGCCAAGCUGAUCCGUAAAACCCAUUUGAUGUCUGAAUCUGAAUGCAGGAAUCUUGGUGUUCAGCAGAGUCAGGGCUGGGUCCAUUACAUGAUCCAUGAAUCAGAACCUCACAUCUUCCUGUUCUGGCACCCACGACCCAAGAAGUCGAAGAAAUGA